AGUCACAUGCUCUACUGACUGAGCCAGCCAGGCAGGCGUCCCUUACUGAGAUAUAAUUUAUAUACAAUAAACUGCAUGUUUAAAGUGUACGUUAGGUUUAGACAUAUGUAUGCACCAUGAGACCAUCACCACAACCAAGACAGUGGACAUAGGCAUCACCCCCAAGGUUCCCUCAUGCCCCGUUAUCAUGCCUUCUUCCACCCCGUUUCCUAGCAACCACUGAUCUAUCACUACAGAUCUGUUUACAUUUUCUAAAGUUUUAUACAAAUGGAAGAUACAGUACAUACUCUUUCUUUUCCAUGCAACAUAAUUAUCUUGAGAUGUAUCCAUAUUGUGCAUAUCAAUAGUUUAUUCUUUUUUAUUGCCGAGUAGUACCCAUUGUAUGGCCAUACCACGAUUUGUUUAUCCAUUUAUCUGUUGACCUAUGUUUGGCUACAACUGCCAUGAACAUUCAUAUGCAAAUCUCUGUAUGGACAAUUUUCCCCCCUUGGAUAAAUGCCUAGGAGUAAAAUGACUGGCUUGUAUAGUUGGUAUGAACUUAUAAAAAAAAAAAACAAACCCACACUUUAUUGAGGUGUAAUUUACACACCAUAAAAUUCACUCAAAGUGUACAAUUAAAUCAUUUUAGCAAGUUUACAAAGUUGUGCAUCCUCCACCACAAUCCAAUUUUAGCGCGUGUCCAGCACCCCAAAAUGAGCCCUCUUGCUCUCCCUUUCUCUCUCCUUUUUUCCCUUCCUUCCAUCCUCCCUCACUCCUCUCUCCUUUCUUUUCUUCCUGUUAAUUUGCUGAAUUACACUGAUUGGUUUUAAAAUGUUCUGGUCACGUCACUUCAUCUUGUACAACCUCGUUUUUGGUUUUUCUCUGUAAAAUGGAGCUGGCAUGCUCCGCAUACAAAUUGGAUUACAGGUAUCUGUGUUCGUGCUUAACCCACGGCCUCUCCUUCAGGCAGGGACCCCUCUUCCUUCUCUGCCUCCCAGUGCCUAGCACUGUGCUUCUUGGUACAAAGUAGGCACGACAUGAUACAGGAAAGAAAGUAUUAAAGAAUGAGUCUCCAGCCGCCGACUCCCCCACUCCCGCCCGGCCUCCCACAGCUGAAUUCCGCUGCUGAGGAGCAGCUUUAGGUCCAGACUGAAACUGCCGCCGCCUAACCCGGCGUGGCCCGCGGCCCCGUCCUGACCAAUCGGAGCUCGCCCUCCGGGGGCACGCCCCCAUUCCUGUAAUCGGCGACCAGUACGCGGUCUCGGGAGUUGACCAAUCAGCUCCUGAGUCCCGCUGUUAGGCCCGCCCCAAUGUUGAAACUGCCGCUUCUGAACGCGGAGUAACGUUCGCAGGAGCGUUCGGCUCCGUCCGCAAUCUGACCAAUCAGGGCGGCCGCGUCGGGCCCCGCCCACAGCCGGCGAAGCAAAGGGCGGCCGGGCGGAACUCCGGGCUGCGAGACCCUCCCUGGGGCGGCGGGCCUCCGGGCUUCCAGGCUUCCAGGCUUCCAGGCGGUAGAAGAGCUGGGACUGGAACCCAGCCCGAGGGUACACCGCAGCCCAGGAGGAAGCCGCGCCAUAUGCCUGGGAUGGUGGAGACCAAGGACUUGGUGCAUCUCCGGCAGCUCAACUCGGCACUCCUGAGGCAGCUGCGGGUCGGGCAGGAUGCCGUUCGGCGGUCGGUGGCCAAAGCAGCCUCAAAGUCAGCCCUGGACUCCAGCAGCAGCCAUGACUCCCGGACACCAUCGUCCCAGGAGACGUUGUUAAUGGCCCCCAGAGCCUCCGGCCUACACCCUGCGCACCAGGGCGAUCCCUGUGAUAUGUCCGGGCCUGGUGGGACCAGCUCUAGAGUGAUCUCUCUCCCUUCUGCCAAGUACCGACACCAGGCGUCCCUGGGCUCACUGAGGCCCUACUCGGCACCCUUGCUGGCCAUCUCAGACCCAAAUGACCCAGCGCUUUCAGCAGAGCUGGGCAGUCCAGGGCCUCAGGAGGUCCAGGCCCAGAGCUCCACCCUGGAUCAACAAAAGUGGCUGUCCAAGUCAAGAGUGACCCUCAGUGAGGAGUCUGCAUUGCCGGACAGGAGCGGGCACCUCCGGCCAUACUUGGGCUACGAUUGGAUUGCAGGGUCUCUGGACAGCAGCUCACCCAUCACCAGCAAGCCCGAGGCCUUCUUUUCAGAGCUACAGGAUUUCCGGGAAGCCAACAAGGAGGAGUGUAUCAACAGUGACCCUGAACCCCAGUUCCUAGGCCCAUGGGAGAGCAGUGUUGUGGAGGAAGACCAUGAAUGCCUGUACUGUUACCGCGUCAACCGGCGCUUGUUUCUGGUGCCUUCCGAUCCUGGCGCCCCUUGCCGCCUGUGCCGGACACCUCGGGACCAGAAGCGUCCCGAGACUCGGGUGCAGACAGCGCAGGUCAGGGUGAGCAUCCCGCUGUCCGUCCUGGACCCCCCGCACCAGUACCGCAUCCACCGGCGGAAGAGCUUCGACGCCUCCGACACGCUGGCCCUGCCCCGGCACUGCCUGCUGGGCUGGGACAUUCUCCCUCCGAAGUCCGAGAAAAGCUCAGCACCCAAGAGCCUGGACCUCUGGUCCUGUGUCUCCUCCGAGGCCCAGCAUCGGAAGCUGUUAGCUGCCAGUCCUUCUCACCUGGCCCUGCCAACAAGCGUCCCACCCUGCACCACAAUCUAGUUGGAACCCCAGCCGUGUGCCCCCUGGCAGAAGCCCUGAGGACUGGCCACUUGGAGGAAGGCAGAGCCCCUGCCAUCACCUGUAACCUGUCUCCCCUGUUAAGGCACCCACGACAAGGGAGGUGGACUUAGGCCCCACCCUCCUAGGUGGGCAGGUGGAUGGCCCCAGGCUUUUCUCCUUCCCGGGGACAGAGGUGGGGACUCCAGGGUUGGGGGGCAGAGGGUAAGAGGAUUCUGUGACAUGUCCGUAAAUAAAGCUCAGUACUCUGUGCAGCUCCGGA